GAUGCUGAUGGCAGAGGUUUUAUUAAAAAAAAUUUGAGAUUUCUUCCAAUUACAAACUCGCGGCCUGGCCUUUUACGGCACUGAACAGGAGUGUUUGUAGAAAUGAACAAUGGUGGUAAACUCCCCUUCACCAUUACCUGAAAGGGCAAUUUAUGGAUUUGUCUUGUUCCUCGCCUCAAAGUUUGCAUUCAUUCUGUAUUUAGUAUGGGCUUACGUUCCAGAACCUUGGCUACAUUCAGUGGGUCUCACUUACUGGCCGCAGAAGUACUGGGCUGUGGCCCUACCCAUUUAUGUCCUGGUUGUGAUAGUGAUUGCAUACAUUCUACUCUGUGGAAUUAACGUGAUGAGCACGGCUCCACUGGAUUCAGUAGAUACUGUGACAGACAGUUAUGCAAAAAGUCAACAGAGCAAACCGUACGUUGAAGGAGCAAUCCCAGGCCUUCAAGAUGUUUCCAUCAGUGAAGUGAAUCGAAUGUUCUUCCUUUCCUCAUCUCACGAGUCAGCGGGUGACCAUCCACAUGUAUGGCGUACAUGUGCUGCUAGGAAUAUAGAUUCAUUUACUGAGAACUGUAGUGACACUUCUGACCACUAAUUAAUGUGUAUUUAUAAUGCUUCGGCUUAUCCAAAAAUACGGUUCAAGAUAUGUUCUGAUUCUUUGCUCAUUUAUAGUUCUGUGAAUUAAAAUUUUCAUAAUUCUAGAACAUCAUACUUUUGCUUCCAAACACAUUUUAUACUAUACUAUAUGAAAUUGGACCAUACAAAUCACGAAGACCUAAGGCUAAGUCCAUAUUUGUGUUGAAUUAACUGGGAGUAAGGAGUCUCCAAUUGGCAACAACGUCAUUUGAGCUAGGAUAGAAGGAAGAUUGAGAUUUAUGAAGCUCGAAAAAUAAACUCAUCAUCUCAUUUGGAUCAUCCAGACACAAAAUUUCACAUUCUACAUGCUUGGGUGCAAUCUGGCGGUGUGAAGGCUUGUGGAUAUCGUGUGUGCGUGGGUAUUUCUGGAUUUUAACUAAAACCCGGGCAGUUGAUGCGUUUUCCACAGUGGUUCAUUUGACACAUCUUGUCCGGCAAGAACUUUCUGAACAUUAGAAGAUUGGCUUCUGGUUUAUUUCGAAUUGAAUGGGAAGGAUCCUGAGUUCUAGUGACUGGUUUCUCUCUACAGAUUUUGUUGGUGAACUAGACUGUUUGAUCAGACAUUGGUCAAGUAAUGCAGACCUGCCUCUUUUAGGUAAUUCAUUUCCAAGUUUGCUACUUCGUUCUGAACUUCCAUUGCCAGGCACAUCAUGAUUGAGACCCUGCUCAUUGAUUUAUGAUUAGACAAAUGAGGAGCAUGGGUUUUAGCCUAUGCAGAUACCAGAAGGCCCUGACAAGUAAUAUGGUGAACAGUACAAAUCACUUGAAAAUUCAUGAGCAUUGCCUGGUUACACCAUAGUCUCACCACACCCCAUCGAGUAAUGGUUCUAAUAAUUGAAGGGACAGAAUGUCAGCAAUUUUUUUGCUUGUCUGUAACCCAAUAAUUAGCAAAAUCUAGGCAAGCAUAUAUCGGUAUGUAUGCAUUUUUUUGUUCUUGUGAGAUACAAUUGUUCCAAAUUUGAGUUUAUGUAGUAGCUGUAUUAGAGAAAUCUCCAUUUUGCAUGCUGCCAGGAUAAAAAGCAGAGCAGUUGCUUUGUCCAAGGCCUAUUCAUUUAUAGCACAACCCAGGUUUUUGUGAGGGCUUUUUUUAAAAAGAAAAUGCCAUGUUUGUCCUUAGGUGUUCUCUCUCCUUCCAGGAUAAUUUUGAUGUAUAAGGGGACCUGGAACCCACAUUCUUCUCCUUUCUUGUUUAAGGUUUAUCUUUAGCUUAAUCCUGCAUCUUGAACUCGGGAUUACUUGAAUUGGAUGCCUGGACGUUCAGUUAUGAAAGACGGCUACUCCUAAAAAUGCUAUGUCACAAGGUUAAUCCAUUGGAGAUUUGGUGUCAUUGGAAAAAGAUCAAAGCAUCCUUAUUUCUCCAAAUUAAGCCCUGGUUGAAGUUGGAUUCACCACUUUCCAAGCAUUGAUAUGAACCAUAUGAACUGGUCUGCUUAUUGUACAUGGAUUAGUGGUGCUGGAAGAGCACAGCAGUUCAGGCAGCAUCCAAAGACCAGCGAAAUUGAGUUUCAGGCAAAAGCCCUUCAUCAACCACACCGCCCCGUGGCCUAACAUUUCAACUCCCCUUUCCACUCUGCCGAGGAUAUGGAGGUCCUGGGACUCUUUCACCGCCGCUCGCUCACCACCAGACGCCUGGAGGAAGAACGCCUCAUCUUCCGCCUUGGAACACUUCAACCCCAGGGCAUCAAUGUGGACUUCAACAGUUUCCUCAUUUCCCCUUCCCCCACCUCACCCUAGUUCCAAACUUCCAGCUCAGCACUGUCCCCAUGACUUGUCUAGACUUGUCCUACCUGCCUAUCUCCUUUUCCACCUAUCCACUCCACCCUCUCCUCCCUGACCUAUCACCUUCAUCCCCUCCCCCACUCACCCAUUGUACUUUAUGCUACUUUCUCCACCCUCCUCGAGCUUAUAUCUCCACGCUUCAGGCUCACUGCCUUUAUUCCUAAUGAAGGGCUUUUGCCCAAAACGUUGAUUUCGCUGCUUGUUGGAUGCUGCCUGAACUGCUGUGCUCUUCCAGCACCACUGAUCCAGAAUCUGGUUUCCAGCAUCUGCAGUCAUUGUUUUUACCUGCUUAUUGUACAGUCAGCAAUUUUGACAUUUUCCCAUGAGCCAUAUAAAUGGUACGUUUGUGGAAA